GGCCAGCUAUCCCGCCAGUGCGGUUUCUCCCAGCGACCAAAGAUUUGACCACUGACUAAGCCUGACCUAACCGAACACAACUCAAGAUGGACACCGGCGUAAUCGAAGGAGGUUUAAAUGUCACACUUACCAUCCGCCUACUUAUGCAUGGGAAGGAGGUUGGAAGCAUCAUUGGGAAGAAAGGAGAGUCUGUAAAGAAGAUGCGUGAAGAGAGUGGUGCACGGAUUAACAUCUCAGAAGGGAACUGCCCAGAACGGAUUAUCACUCUUGCUGGACCCACUAAUGCCAUCUUCAAAGCUUUUGCUAUGAUUAUUGAUAAACUGGAAGAGGACAUCAGCAGCUCAAUGACUAAUAGUACAGCUUCUAGCAGGCCCCCUGUUACUUUAAGACUCGUGGUACCUGCCAGCCAAUGUGGUUCUCUUAUUGGGAAAGGAGGCUGCAAAAUCAAAGAAAUAAGAGAGAGCACAGGGGCGCAGGUCCAAGUGGCAGGAGACAUGUUACCCAACUCUACUGAAAGAGCGAUCACCAUUGCUGGGAUUCCACAGUCCAUCAUCGAGUGUGUCAAACAGAUCUGUGUGGUCAUGCUGGAGUCUCCCCCAAAGGGUGUCACCAUCCCCUAUCGACCCAAGCCAUCCAGUUCUCCUGUCAUCUUUGCAGGCGGUCAGGACAGGUACAGCAGCGGCAGUGCAAGCUACCCCCACACCGCCCCAUCAAUGUGCCUCAACUCUGACCUGGAGGGACCACCUCAAGAGGCCUAUACCAUUCAAGGACAGUAUGCCAUUCCACAGCCAGAUCUGACCAAGCUGCAUCAGUUGGCAAUGCAACAGUCACACUUUCCAAUGUCUCAUGGCAACACUGGAUUCAGUGGCGUUGAAUCCAGCUCUCCAGAUGUGAAAGGCUAUUGGGCAGGUUUGGAUGCAUCAGCUCAGACUACUUCUCAUGAACUCACCAUUCCAAAUGAUCUGAUUGGCUGUAUCAUUGGGCGUCAAGGCGCCAAGAUCAAUGAGAUUCGCCAGAUGUCUGGGGCGCAGAUCAAAAUUGCCAAUCCAGUGGAAGGAUCUACUGACAGGCAGGUUACUAUAACUGGAUCUGCAGCCAGCAUCAGCCUGGCUCAAUAUCUAAUUAAUGUCAGUUUAGAAAGCGCUAAACCCUCCUCCCAGGCAGCCUCCGUCACGAUCCCCGACCACCUCAGCAUCAACCUCUCUCAACCCUCCACCCCUUCUUCUUCUUCCUCCUCCACCACCACCCCCUCGCUUGCGACAGCGGGGGUCUCCGACGCACCCUCCAGCCUCCCCAACCCUCUUCCGACCGCCCCCUGUGUCUCCAGUCUGCUUGGCAUGAAACCCGUCCCUCUCCUGGCUCUAAAUGUUGUGUCUGCUGCUAAGGGUGCCUCCACCACCUCAGCUGUGCCAUGUGUUACUAACAAACUGAAAACGGAAAAACAGAGAUUCUCUCCCUACUGAGAGUCUGCUUGUGGCCUUAGAGGAACAGCAGAUUGUUUUUCAGCAAUGGGGAAUCCUGUAGAGGAGACUUGGAAGAGAUUUUUUUUUUUUUUUUAAACGU